AUGUCCACUUACAAUACUCCAAAUCGUCUACGACAUACACCAAAAACAACUCGUGCUUAUGAAUCAAGUGAUAGUGGAACACCAAGUCCUGCUCGUUUUCGUUCAAAACGUAAUCGUAAUGAUGAAAAUUCAUAUCGAAAAGCUAAAUUUGAACCAAAUUUUGAUGAAAAUGCAAAUGAUCAAUUUCAUGUAAAAACUGAUACAAAUGAAAAAUCAUUACGAACACCGAAACCAAGUUUUGAAGAAGAACAAGAAGAAUUAAAAAAAUCUUUAUCAAAAGAUUGGUGUGAUAAAAUGGAUAAUGAAGAAGCAGAAGAAAAAAAAUUACAUAGUUUCGUUUUGUAUCUUAAACAAUUUUCUAUACAUGAAAAUAAAGCAACAGAAGAACUUCUUGCUUCUAUUGAAUGUUGUCCAAAAGAACUUUUACGUCGACAAAAAGAAAUUAGUAAAGGAAAACUAUCAAAAGUAUAUGAAACUUAUAUAUCAACUGUAUCUCGAAAAUGUCGUACGCGAGAACAUCCACGAACACCAUGUAAAUAUGCGAAAAUGUCUCGACGUGGUUUUGAUGGUGCUAUUAAAGCAUGGCGUCGAAAACUACAUGAAUUUUGUGGAGACAAAGCAAAAGAAAAUAAUAAUAUUAAUGACGAUGAUUCAAUCUCGUCAUCUCAACGUAGUGAUGAAUGUUCAACAUCUUCAUCAACAUCAAUGUGUAUGGAUGAAAAUGAUGAAAAUUUUCUUCCAGAUUUAUAUGAUUUUGAAGAAUCACUAAUAAAUAAUAAACAUAUUGAAUCAAAAUUGGAACCAUUUAUUGAUUUGGAUGUUGCUGAUUCCAUGGAUACAAUUAUUAAUAAUGUUGAUUCACGUUCAGCUAUGGUAUUUGAUUGA